AUGCUGUCCUGCAACCCCAAUGUAGAGCGCUCAGAAAACUACUACUGGAGUUUGACCUUUAUGACUCCUGGCGGGUGCUCAACCCAACCAGCAGAGAAUACACACACUUCUCACAAGUUUAUAAAACUACUGGAGUUUGACCUUUAUGACUCCUGGCGGGUGCUCAACCCAACCAGCAGAGAAUACACACACUUCUCACAAGUUUAUAAAACACACUCUCGCAUUGACUAUAUUCUCCUCAAUGCAAAGUUCUUAACGUCCAUAAAACAAUGCCGCAUAGAUGACAUAACGUGGUCAGACCAUGCCCCAGUAACCCUCACACUACAUGAUAAGUUCCACUCCCGGGGGACGGCCACUUGGAGGCUAAAUUAUAUGCUCCUAGAAGACGAAUCAUUCCAAGAGACACUAACAGGGGAUAUCACACGUUACUUUGAAGUCAACUGCACACCCCAAAUGCCACCUCACAACAUCUGGCUGGCACAUAAAGCAGUGAUUAGAGGGCUUCUUAUUAAUCGUGCAGCCUAUCUUAAACGCCAUGCAAACCGACAAUAUAUGUCUCUGCUCAAGACGCUUAGAGAUCAAACUGCUACCCAUCUCCUCUCCCCUUCAACAGAGGGGCAG